UACCUCGCAAAGACUUUUUUGUUUUGUACACCGAUUUCCAAACGUCAAACUCUUCCACGAAUAUCCACAUCUUUUCAUAAAUCUACCCUUCAAACCACAACCAUGGCACCACGACGAUAUGAAGCCGAGAAGAAGGACGUGAGCGCCCUCGGCAAGCCUCUCGACUUCGCGUUCUCCAAGAAAACCGCACGUAAUCGCUUUCUCAAGGGCGCAAUGACUGAGCGCAUUUCCUCAUGGGACGCCAAGGACCUGGAGGCUCGUGGUAUUCCAUCGAAAAACCUUUGCAAUGUUUAUCGUCGCUGGGGCGAGGGCGAGUAUGGCAUUAUCCUGACUGGAAAUAUCAUGAUCGAAUACGACCACCUCGAGGCGGCUGGUAACCCUAUCAUUCCUCGGGGCUCCAAGUACGAGGGCGAGCGCUUCGAAAGGUUCAAAGAGCUGGCUACACAGUCGAAAAAGCAUGGCUCUUUGAUUGUAGGACAGGUCAGCCAUCCCGGCCGUCAAGUCACGGAGAACAUCCAAAAGAACCCUCUUUCCGCGUCAGAUGUGCAUCUCGAGGGCAACGUCAUGGGUAUGACCUUCGCGAAACCCCGAGCUGCGACCGAAGAAGAUAUCAAGAACAUUAUUGAAGGCUUUGCGCAUGCCGCAGAAUACCUGGAGAAGGCGGGUUACGACGGUAUCGAACUCCACGGCGCUCACGGAUACCUCCUCGCACAGUUCCUCGCCCCGUCUACAAACCAAAGGACGGACAAGUACGGAGGCAGCCUCGAGAACCGCGCUCGUAUCAUUAUCGAGAUUACCAACGAGAUCCGUCGGCGCACGUCGAGUUCUUUCAUCGUUGGUAUCAAGCUCAACUCCGUGGAGUUCCAGGAGAAGGGUUUCGAUACCCAGGAGGCCAUAACGUUGUGCAAAACGCUUGAGGACAACAGCUUCGACUUCGUUGAGUUGUCUGGUGGUACGUACGAACAGCUUGCGUUUGGCCACAAGCGCGAGUCUACGAAGAAGCGUGAGGCUUUCUUCCUCGAGUUUGCGGAGAAGAUCACGCCUUCCCUCUCCAAGACCCGUACCUACGUAACUGGUGGAUUCAAGACCGCAGCCGCAAUGGUCGAUGCACUUUCUACCGUAGAUGGUGUGGGUCUUGCGCGCCCGACCACUCAAGAGCCUGAGAUCGCCCGUCAGAUCAUCGCUGGAGAGAUCAACGCUGCUAUCGACCAGCUUACCGACGACAAUGACUUUGGGAUCACAAAUGUCGCGUCUGGAACACAGAUCAGGCAGAUGGGCAAGGACCAGCAGCCGAUUGAUCUCAGUGACGAGAAGAACUUCGAGGCCUUCCAGAAGGACAUGGGUACCUGGGGUAAAGGUAUGGCGGAGGACAAGACAGGGAGUAAGUACGGAUACGUGGAUAUCGAGAGCGUGCAGGCAGUGCCAUAUGGAACGGCUGCUGCUGCUUAGAGGCUGUUUAGACUCCUUCCGUCUUGCCUGAGUGCAAUAUUUAGAGUUAGAAUAAUGAGAUAUGAACCCAGUGAGUGGUACUCAGCAUGCUUCUUCGACUUGUUGAGAUGAUGCGGGGAUGAUGCACCUCAGAUUGGCGACCCCAGGGGGCCUGGCGCUAGCGACAUCCUGGGGUAGACUAGGACCACGCAGUUACGUAGAGAUAAUGGUGCACACUGAAGUGGAGAGAUAAAAAGCCC